AUCUGGACCAGGGGGUGGCGGCCUCGCCCGGUGCCACGAAGAUCCAGCAUCUCGCAGGUCUCGUAGGCCGCGGUGUCGCGGAGAGCGAGGCUCUGGUCCGCUGCAUUCGAAGAAGCCCGGGGGAGAGCACCAUGAGGACCGACGCCGGGCCUCCGCUGGAGGAGGGCCACCCGCGUCCUCCACGAGCACUUCCACCUGCACCAAGUGCUGUUCAAGAUGAUGUUUCACAAAGUCGUCCUAAAAGAAAGAAGUCCAGAACCAAAGCUACACUAGCUAGUGCUUCUUUGGAAGGUUUUGAUGAGACUGUUGUUCAUAGAUCAUCUGAGGGCAUUGAGCCACCAACUAAUGAACUCAAAGAGCAUCCAGAAGCUCCUGUUCAAAGGAGACAGAGGAAGACGAGGCUACCUCUUGAGCUGGAGACUUCUUUCACUCAGAAGAAGACAUCUAAUCCAUCUUUAUUACGAAAUGAAAAUGGUAUUGAUGCAGAGCCAGCUGAGGAGGCUGUUAUUCCAAAACCACGAAGGAAGACAAAGAAAACCCAGAGAGCACAGUUACAGUAUGCCAAUGAACUAGGAGUAGAAGAUGAAGACAUAAUUACUGAUGAGCAAACAACUUCAGAACAACAAUCCAGAUUCACUGCACCCACUGGAAUUAGCCAGCCUGUAGGCAAAGUAUUUGUGGAAAAAAGCCGGCGAUUCCAGGCUGCUGAUCGUUCAGAAUUGAUCAAGACCACAGAAAACAUAGAUGUGUCAAUGGACAUGAAGCCUUCCUGGACCACCAGAGAUGUGGCACUUUCAGUACACCGAGCUUUUAGGAUGAUUGGUCUGUUUUCUCAUGGCUUCUUGGCUGGCUGUGCUGUAUGGAAUAUUGUCCUGAUAUAUGUUCUAGCUGGAGAUCAGCUGUCUGACCUCUCCAACCUUUUGCAACAAUAUAAGACCUUAGCGUAUCCAUUCCAGAGUCUCCUUUACUUACUUUUGGCUUUAAGUACAGUUUCAGCUUUUGACAGAAUUGACUUUGCUAAAACAUCAGUAGCAAUUCGAAAUUUUUUUGCCCUGGAUCCAACAGCUUUAGCGUCUUUCUUGUACUUGACUGCUCUUAUACUAUCUCUGAGUCAGCAAAUGACAAGUGACAGAAUCCACCUUUAUACGCCUUCUUCUGUUAAUGGUAGCCUCUGGGCAGCAGGAAUUGAGGAACAGAUUCUCCAGCCAUGGAUUGUGGUGAAUCUGGUGGUGGCUCUUCUUGUUGGAUUAUCUUGGCUUUUUUUGUCUUAUAGGCCAGGCAUGGAUCUUAGUGAAGAGUUAAUGUUCUUCUCUGAUGUGGAUGAAUACCCUGAUACAGAAAUCAAAGCCUCUUCAUAAUACCAACUCAUGUUCAAAGGAAUACUGAUGCAGUAUUUUUUCCAUUUUUGUUUUUAAGUGUAUUUUUAUAAGUGUAUUUUAUAUGUGUAUUUUUAGUUGUUUUUUGUUAUAUAAUACUGGAAAUUUUCUCAAAAUUAUGGAAAAUGUUAAAUUUGUACCUCAAUUUAUACUUAAACAUUAAUUUCUAUAGUAUUAUCAUCUUAAUGACAAAGGAGAUAAUGAGCCAGAAACCAGCAGGUAAAAGAGUUUAUUUUUUAUUCUUUCAAAUUAGUUAUUUUCAUAAGCAUUAUCUGAAAAAGCACUAAUUCUGGAAAACCCAUGACUUUGGUGUUAAAUUUAGGGAAUAGGCUAGAAGGGAAAAAAAGGCCUUCAUUAUUUAUUUUUGAUGUCUCCUUAUUGAACAAAUUGAAAUAUGAAACUUGUCUUCUUUGAAUCUGGCUUAGUGGUUGUGUGUCAUGAAAUAAUUAUAAUAUGAUGUAAUUUAGCCUGAAAGAUGCUUUUCUUAUGGCUAAUAAAAUGGAAGUAUAUCUUUUUGUUUGAAAAUUUUAUAACCUAAAAUGUUAAUUUUCCUUUGAAAUUUGUACCAGUGAUUUCCAUAUCUGGUUAGGGAACUUUAAAAAACAAACAUAGCAGGGCUAGGGUUGUGGCUCAGUGGCAGAGCACUUGCCUAGCACGUGUGAGGCCCUAGGUUCAAUUCCCAGCACCACAUAUAAUAAAUAAAAUAAAUGUUCAUUGACACCUAAAAAAAUAUUAAAAAAAAAAAAAACAUACAUAGCAAAAGAGAAGCUGAGCCAGUCAGAUGCUCAGGAGGCCUGUGAGCUUGUUGAGCUAACACUUCUGAUUGACCGCUGCAGUAUCCUUUCUUGUUUCUUGUUUUGAGUAACAAGAAAUAGGAUAGAAAUUCACCAUCCCUAUUCGCAAACUCUUUGCUGGAGAGAUCUUUGGCUUUCUAGGAAAUCCUACUCUUGAGGUGGAUCCUGCACUGAAAAAGGUAUCUUCAGGGCUGUAUCCAGUGGUUCCUCACCUGGCAUUUGUGAGAUUCAACAGCUCAAGACAAUGAUAAAAUUUGCUGGGUGAAGAGGUGACUUAAAGGCUGUUCAGCACAUCCAUAAAACUAUUGUGCCUGAACUGAUUAGCAAGCAAUAAAGGUUGUGGAAUAGAAGAGGACUGAUAAAUUGAUAACGGAGACAGAUGGCCCUGAGAAGCGGUCUGAUUCUGAUGGCAGCACCAUGUAGAAAUGUCUUUUGCUGUUGGUAAGGCUGGAGCUGCUAAACAGCUGUUUGCCCUGCUGUCACAGAACUGUGAAUCCUGGCAACUCGGAAGUCAUUCUGCCAGUUCCAGUUUUCCCUGCUGUCUGCAUGAUUCUCAUGCUGAACAAGGUGGGCAGUAUAGGGGUUCAUGAUCUUCCCUGUCAGCAAACUGCAGGGAAGCCAUGCUCAUUAUUGCUGAGGCUUAUCAUACCUGAAGUCUGUCACCAAGGAGAAAUAUGGGGGCUCUGCUACUGGAGGAUUGGGAUAGGUUGAACAGUGGCCACUAAAGAUGUCUAUGUCUUAAUCCCUGGAAUCUGUGAAUAUAUUACCUUAUACAGCAAGAGAGAUUUUGUAGACGAGAUUAAGGUAAUGAGCCUUGAAAUGGGAGAGUAUUCUGUAUUAUCCAGAUGACCUAGUAUAAUCUUAUGAGUCUUAAAAGCAGAGAACCUUCAUGUCUUGGUCAAAGAGAGAGAGAGAUGCUAGUUGUGAUGUUGCUGAUUUGAAGAUGCAGGAGAGGUCUGUGAGAGAAGGAAUGUGAGUGUCCUCAGAGGAAUAGAGAAAAACCUUUGGCCAAAAGUCAGCAAGGAAACAGAGAUCUUGGUCCCAAACCUGCAAGAAACUGAAUUCUGCCAACAUCCCAGAUGAACAAAGAAACAUCUUUUCUUAGAGCCUCCAGAAAGGAAUGCAGCUCUUGAUUUUGGCCCUAUGAUACCCCACAUCAGACUUGAUACUCAGAACUAUAAGAUAGCAAAUGUGUUGUCUGAGCUGCUAAAUUUGCUCCUAAAGUCCUAGAGAAUAAAGAAGCCUGGAGCUGCUAUGGAAUGCAACUGGGAAAGCUGGCAUGAGUAUGGUUGUCUUAGAAUUCUUUCAGGUCUGGGAAAUAUGACCUGGACUUCAAAUCUCCUGAUGACCCCAGGCAGGUACAAAAUCCUAGAACCACUGGUGCACUUGAACAAAUCCUUCAUCAGGGAAAACCUAAGUGUCUGUUAAAGAUUCCUUUGACUAUGAUGAUUGGGAAGCAGGAAAGAAAUUUUAUUGCAAAUGAAUGCCCCAGGAUUUAGGGAAUAAUCUCACUGUGAUCAAGGCAGAUCACUAUGACUAUAGAUGAGAAUAUCAGACAUAUUUGAAUUAGAUUCUCUAAGGAUGAGGUUUAGGUUGUGGGAAGACAAAAAACAAACAAACAAAUAAACAAACAAAAACAGUGGUAGCCUUCUAGAGGCUCAUGUAAUGUAGUUAGCCAUAGGUAGGCAUAGGAAUAGAAGAACCUAGGAGGGAAUUGUGGGUCAGAUUAAUAGGAUGCUGUGAGCAAGAAGUUUAUAGGAUGUAUGGGAUUUCCACCGGUGGAGAUGGGGCCCCCAGAAAAAGCCACAGCUAGGUGAACCCUGAGGGCUUUUUAUUUGAAAUUGAUCAAAACAGAAUGUUGAGAGACAGUAUAACAGUAACUAAUAUAGAUCAACCUAGAUUUAAUCAUUGUUAACAAUUUGCAUCAUUUGUCUUUUCUUUGUAUGUUCUUUUUUUUUGUUUCAAAGUCCUGAAAAUAAAUUGCUAAAAUCAUGGCAUUUCAGCAUGUGGCUCUAAAAAUAAGGACACUUGUUUGUGUAAGUACAAUGCUAUUAAAACAGUUGGAAAACAAUAAUUCUAUAAUAUCUAAUAUCCAGUCCAUUCUCAGAUUUUCCCAUUUGUUUCUGAAGGUGUAGUCAAGGUGUACACAUUUAUUUUUGGUUUUGUCUCCCUUAUCUCUUAGUUUAAAUUGGUUUCCUUACCUUUUUUCCCCCUCCACAACAUUUUCUAAAAAUAUUUUUUCAGUUGUUGAUGGACACAAUACCUUUAUUUUAUUUAUUUAUAUGUGGAGCUGAGGAUUGAACCCUGUGCCUCACACAUGCUAGGUGAGCACUCCACUGCUGAGCCACAACUCCAGCCCCCUCCAAAACAUUUUUAAAUGAGAAUUUUCAAGGAGACGAACAGAAUCAAUUGAUUAUAAAAAAUAAUAAUAAUAUAGUGAGAUCCUUUGUAUACUUUGUCAGUGUCUCCCAAUAACACUUUGUGAAACUGUAGUAUUAAUGUCACAGCCAGGAUGUUGAAAUGGAUCACCCACCCAUCUUAUUUGGAUUUUCUGAGUUUUAAUUUCUAUACAGUUGUAUCUUUUGUGUAAAUCUGUGUAUUGGUCAUCACAGCCAAAAUAUAGAACAAUUCCACGAA